CAGCUGGAGAAUGCUUAAUUGAUCUUGAAGAUGCAGUAAACUCAGAUUUAGAAAUGCUUCGUAAAUGGCUCAUGGCAAACAAACUGAGCUUGAAUGUGGCGAAAACUGAAUUUCAAAUUAUUGGUACUAAACAGAUGCUGAAGAAAGCUUCUGUUCAGCAACUUAAAAUUCACAUUCAAAACAUACCCAUAAAGCAGGUUUUUCAAUGUAAACACUAG